AUGAGUACCGGUAAAGAGUCAUCUAAAGCUUAUGCUGAUAUAGAAUCCAGGGGUGAUUUUAAGGAUGAUGGAAAGAAAGGAUCUACAUUAAGCAGUAAACAACAUUCCAUGUUAUCUUUAACCUUUAUCUUAAUAGGUUUAAGUUCUUUGAAUGUAUGGAAUACAGCAUUAGGAUUAAAUAUAAAUUUUAAAUAUAAUACAUACCAGAUUACAGGUUUAGUAUGUUCUUCAAUUGUAGCUUUAUUUGUUGAAAUUCCCAAAAUUUUGUUACCAUUUCUUUUGGGUGGUUUAUCAAUAUUAUGUGCUGGUUUUCAAAUAUCUCACAGUUUUUUUACAGAAUCACAAUUUGAUACAUAUUGUUUAGUAGCCUUUAUUGUUAUUGGUAUAGUGGCAGGAUUAGCUCAAACCAUUGCAUUUAAUAUAGGAUCUACUAUGGAAGAUAAUAUGGGUGGUUAUAUGUCAGCAGGUAUUGGUAUAUCAGGAGUAUUUAUUUUUGUUAUUAACAUAUUGCUUGAUCAAUUCGUAUCUACAGAUAAGCAAUAUGGAGUUAAUAAGGCAAAAUUAUUAUAUUUAUAUAUUAUUUGUGAACUUUGUUUAAUAUUAGCUAUUGUAUUUUGUGUAUGUAAUUUAGAUUUAACAAACAAGAAUGCUAAAAAAGAUGAAGAAAAUAAAGAAAACAGUGCCACAUUAUCUUAUAUGGAAUUAUUUAAAGACAGUUACAAAGCUAUAUUAACUAUGUUUCUUGUAAACUGGUUAACUUUACAAUUAUUUCCAGGUGUUGGACACAAAAAAUGGCAAGAAAGUCAUAAUAUCUCAGAUUAUAAUGUUACCAUUAUUGUUGGUAUGUUUCAAGUUUUUGAUUUUCUCAGUAGAUAUCCACCAAAUCUUACACAUAUUAAAAUCUUUAAAAAUUUUACUUUCUCUUUAAAUAAAUUAUUAGUUGCUAAUUCAUUACGUUUAGUAUUCAUCCCAUGGUUUAUCUUAAAUGCAUGUGUUGAUCAUCCAUUUUUCAAAAACAUUGUACAACAAUGUGUAUGUAUGGCUAUGUUAGCUUUUACAAAUGGUUGGUUUAAUACUGUACCAUUCCUUGUAUUCGUUAAAGAAUUAAAAAAAGCUAAGAAAAAGAAAGAAAUCGAAAUUAUAUCCACAUUUUUAGUUAUUGCUAUGUUUGUUGGAUUAUUCUGUGGUAUAUGGACUACUUAUAUUUAUAACUUAUUCAAUAUAGUUUUACCAAAACCAGAUUUACCAGUUAUGGAUGCACCACAAUAA